UAAUAGCGAGGGAGGCGAAAAUAGCGAGACCGGGCUCUGAGUAAUCCGUCCGAACUCCCACUGCCUGCCACUUGUCCGAGUUCGAUGCAGAGCUCCCACAGCCCUGCCUGCCGCCGCUCCGGCCGGCACAAGAGGCAGAAAGAAGUUGUCCGAGGUGGCUGCCCUGCGAAGACGAUUACCGGUUAAAUCGGGAAAACAAAGAAACCCCUCUGCUCCCCGGUUUGCCUGACCUGCCGGCGCAGCGGGAGCCGGGGCGAGCCUGACGGAGGCGGAGCGGAGCGGAGGGAGAGCGCAGCUCGCCCUGGGCUGCCGAGCCUCCUCCGCACCCGGCGGCUCAGGUUGGGCGGCGGCGGCGCCUUCCUCCUCCUUCUUCUCCUUCUCCUCCUCCUCCUCCCCCCCUCUAACCAUCCACUCCUGCCCGGCGCUGGCGGGGGUGGCCACCACCUAUCGUGGGGCUUUGCCUCCGCCUUCCACCCGCGGAAACUUUGCUUGGCGUCAACGGGAGAGGAUGGAGCCGGUGGAGCCCCUCAACCGGUCCCAGGAGGGCGCAGAGGCGCCCCGCGGGGUGUUCAACGCUUCCGGGCUGUCGGAGGCGGAGGGGAAGCCCCUCUUCGGCAUCGGCAUCGAGAACUUCAUCACCCUGAUCAUCUUCGGCUUGAUCUUCGCCCUGGGGGUGCUGGGCAACUCGCUGGUGAUCACGGUGCUGGCUCGCAGCAAGCCAGGCAAGCGUCGCAGCACCACCAACAUCUUCAUCCUCAACCUGAGUAUCGCCGACCUGGCUUACCUACUCUUCUGCAUCCCCUUCCAAUCCACGGUCUACGUGCUGCCUACCUGGGUGCUGGGCGCCUUCAUUUGCAAGUUCAUCCAUUACUUCUUCACCGUCUCCAUGCUGGUGAGCAUCUUCACACUCUCGGCCAUGUCCGUGGACCGCUAUGUGGCCAUCGUGCACUCGCGGCGCUCCUCCACCCUGCGCGUCCCCCGCAACGCGCUGCUGGGUGUUGGGCUCAUCUGGGCUCUCUCCUUCGCCAUGGCCUCGCCAGUGGCUCACCACCAGCGCCUCUUCCACCGCAACGGCAGCGACCAGACCUUCUGCUGGGAGCACUGGCCCAACCCGCGCCACAAGAAGGUCUACGUGGUCUGCACCUUUGUCUUUGGUUAUCUGCUCCCCUUGCUGCUCAUCUCUUUCUGCUACGCCAAGGUUCUUAAUCAUCUGCAUAAAAAGCUGAGAAACAUGUCAAAGAAGUCAGAAGCAUCCAAGAAAAAGACAGCACAGACUGUGUUGGUGGUGGUAGUGGUUUUUGGCAUCUCCUGGCUGCCGCAUCAUGUGAUUCAUCUCUGGGCUGAAUUUGGAGUAUUCCCACUGACUCAAGCCUCAUUUCUCUUCAGGGUAGCUGCACACUGCCUGGCUUACAGCAAUUCUUCUGUAAACCCAAUUAUAUAUGCAUUUCUCUCUGAAAAUUUUAGAAAGGCCUACAAGCAAGUUUUCAAGUGCCAGAUAGGUAACGAAUCACCUCUGAAUGAUGCUAAAGAAAAUAAGAGUCGGAUAGAUACACCACCAUCUACCAACUGCACACAUGUGUGAAUUUCAGAAAGUCCUGUUUGCUGGCUCUUCAGCUGCGUGAAUGAAUGACAUUUCUGGAAAACAAAGCACAAUGAGCUUUAUCACAGCUUUUUCUUGAUAAAGCUAAUAGGUAUUUAAGGUAAUGAAGUUGCAUUUGUAGCAAAUGUUCAUGAAAAUGGUAUGAAGGAAAACUGGGCUGGUCCUUUGUAUUGUAUCUUUGCCAAAUGAAGCUCCUGACCUUUGAAAGAUAAUUCAGAAACAAAACAUUGGUUAUGAUUUGUGUGUGUUCCUAUUCAUUAAGCAUAAUUUGUAUAAGCAUUCAAAUGUAACAUACAAGAAGUAUUCGCUGAUAUGGAUAAAUCACUGAACUUCUCACAUCUUACUCCGUAGAAGCAAAGAGAUGGCUAAAUUUUCUGACUUACAGAUAAUAAAUACCGUGGUACUACAGUUUCAGAGAGGAAAAGUUUCAUUCUCUGUUCAGGUUGUUUUGACAAUGUCUUUUCCCUUGUUAGAGUAAAGAUGGGAUCUGACUUCGAGUUGAAAUAACCCACGUACAAUUUGAGACAAUUGCUUUGGAGAGGCAACACUGAUUUUAUCUGUUCAGCUAUCUUUUUAAUGUAACAUAGUGAAUGAUGAUGUACUUUUUACCGCUUUGUAUGCCUGCCUUACUGCAUACACAGAACUUUUGUGUACACUAUAUAAGGUUUUUGUUUAUGGUCUGUGUGAAGUUCUAUCAAAAUCAAAAUUUGUCUGAGGAAAGCUUUUCUUUAGCUGCUGCAUGUGUGUUAUGUGUGUGUGUGUGUGUGCGUGUUUUGUUAACUUUAUUGACUCUGAGAUGGAAGUACAGUUUUAAAUGUGCAAUAUCAAUAUGUAUUUUAAAAUGUUAUGUUCCAUAAAGAAAAUCCAAGCAAUGCAUAAGUGCUUAAAAACAGCAAUCCUUUAAAAGUUCUAAUAGAGGUUUGAUACAAUGUAACUCUAAAAAGGAAAAUUUCGGAAGGAUACAUUUAAAUUGGUACAAAGUGUGUAAUAUAAAUUAUAAGUAAUAAGUGGGAGUGCCUCAGCACUUUGAGGACAUAUUGUUAGCAGGAGAAUGAUAUGCUUUUACCAUUUAUGUUCAUGACCCAUCAUAGAAUCAUAGAGCAAAUUAAGUUGAAGAAACCUCUUGGGAUCCUCUCAAGGCAGGGCUGCCCUCACAUCCAUAUCACUUCUUGUCUAGUUAUGUUUUGAAGAUUUCCAAAGACAGCAAUUCUGCAACUCAUCAGUCAUAGUUGAGAUUUCCCUUGAUGCAGCUUGCAAUCAUUUCCCUCCCCCCUCUCACCACACCCUUGAGAAGACUCUUCACUCUAACCAAACAUGCAUAAUUGUAGAUGACAAUUAGAGUUUCUCCCCGUCUUCUCCAAGCUGAAAAAAUAAGGUGCAAAGUCCCUGUUUUUCCACUCCAGCUUGGCCAUCCCUCUCAUGCACUGGGAUGUUCCAAACUGGACAGCAUGUUCCACGUGCUUUCUCAUGUGUACUGAGUAGAGGGGACAAAUCACCUCCCUUUACCCCACCUUUUUCUAUAGAAUUGCAUUCAGCCCAAUUUUGGUUGGGCUUUGUUGAAAUUUAUUUGAUAACUGUUGUCCAUUCUCUGGCUCACCAGAUGCCUCCAAAAGAAAACUCUGCGCUCCAGUGUAUCUGCUAUCCACCCAGGUUUGACGUCAUCUGCGGCUUGCAUUCUGCGCCCUUGUUCUGUUCUUUGCUGAAGAUCAUGUAGACAUAGAAUGGGUUAGGCUGGAAGAGUCCUUAUAGAUCAUCUAGUUCCAACCCCCUAAUUUGGGCAGGGCCAUCACCCACCCAGGGCCCCAUAACACCUGGCCUUGAACGCCUCCAAGUAUGGGGCAUCCACAGGGUUGAUCUGGGAAAACAUGUUCCAAUGCCUCACUAUUCUCAAACUUUCUUCAUAGGAGAGGUGCUCCAGCUCUGUAAUCAUCUUCACUGGACCCACUCCAAGAGCUCCAUGUCCUUCCUGUGCUGGCCUGGACUCAGUAAUCCAGAUGGGGCCUCGUGAGGAGAGAGUAGAGGGGGACAAUCACCUCCCUCACCCUGCUGGCCACCCCUCUGUGGAUGCAGCC